UUUGAACCUUGUAUAUAUUUUUAUUUUUAAAAAAUAACUUGUUAUUCAAUGCAAUCGAACUUUCGACUGGUGAAACGCACUUUUUUAAUUUUAGAAUGUUAACAAAUUUAAGAAGUUUUCGUGUAAUAUUUUACCCAAAAUACUUGAUACGUUCAUAUUCUGCCCACCCAGAGCCAAAAAGCCAAGUGUUAAUUGGUAGUAAUACCUAUAACACCGAUGAAUGGACAAAUGUCACCCCAAAAAUACUCUCCUAUCUGGGAGCAAAUAAACAUCUUCAAAAGAAUCAUCCAUUGUCGAUAAUUCGGCAAAGAGUUGUCAAUUAUUUCUAUAAAUCCUAUACCAACACCCGUGGCAAUCCGCUGUUUAGUGUGUACGAUAACCAGGAUCCAAUAGUCACGGUACAACAAAAUUUUGAUAACCUAUUAAUCCCAAAUAACCAUCCCAGUCGUGCCAAGUCCGAUUGCUAUUACAUUAAUAAACAACUACUUUUGAGGGCACAUACAACUGCUCACCAGGUAGACUUAAUUAAAUCAGGACUGGAUAACUUUCUUGUCGUGGGAGAGGUCUAUCGACGUGAUGAAAUAGACUCGACCCAUUAUCCUGUGUUCCAUCAACUAGACGCUGUUCGACUGCUUAACAGAGACAAAUUGUUUGAAAAAUAUCCAGGACUGGAAAUAUUCGAAUCGAAUCCUUCUACUAAUUCAGUUGUUAAAUACGAUGCAAAAUGCAUUGAUCAAUCCAAGCAACCUUGCCACACGCUAGAGGCGUUAAAACUAGCCGAACAUGAAUUGAAGACAAUUCUAUCAGGUCUAGCAAAAGAUCUUUUUGGCGACAAAAUCGAGUACCGUUGGGUAGAACAGUAUUUCCCAUUCACACAACCCUCAUGGGAGUUAGAGAUCUUUUACAAAAAUCAGUGGCUGGAAGUUCUGGGCUGUGGGAUUAUGAGAAAUGAAAUUCUACAAGGCGCUGGGGUUAAAAAUUCUAUAGGUUAUGCUUUUGGCCUUGGAUUGGAGCGCUUGGCAAUGGUUCUAUUCGAUAUUCCUGAUAUUCGUUUAUUCUGGAGUAGUGAUUCGGGAUUCCUUAAUCAGUUCGAUGAGUCGAAUUUGCAAGUGCUACCCAAGUAUAAGCCUGUGUCUUCUUAUCCUCAAUGCUCAAAUGAUCUUUCGUUCUGGCUGCCAGACGGAAUGGAACUGGACCAGUUUUUACCUAAUGAUUUCUAUGAUUUGGUGAGGACUGUUGCUGGGGAUGUUGUUGAACAAAUACGACUGGUUGAUAAGUUCAAGCACCCUAAAACUGGAAAGUGCAGUUUGUGUUUUAGAAUCGUUUACAGACACAUGGAAAGAACGUUGACACAGUUGGAGGUCAAUGAGAUACAUAAAAGAAUCGCUCAAGAAACAGCUGAUUUAUUCAAAGUAAAGAUAAGAUAGUUUGAAAUAAAGAAGAUGUGGGUUGUUGCAAUAAAAUUAUUUCGAUAUAUCUUUCACUGAA